AAUGAAAAUGAAGUUAAUUAUUGUCCUGUGCGCUGUCAGUAUGGCGGCAAGCUGGCCAGUCUAUGAGGACCCUUAUCAAAAUUGGGGGAUUUAUAUUCCUCCUGAACCGGAAUAUUACGAUGAUGAUCUUAAUUCUGAUUAUAAUCGUCCAAUAGACUUUAAUCCAAUAACACAUAAACCUGGAAUUAGAAAAUCAACUACGUCAACAACAACGUUCUCGACAGUCCGUGAAAUUGGUUUCCGGUCGAUCGAACAUACGAAGAAGGCUUAA